GUCACAAACCAAAAUCUAGUCGAACCCAUAAAAAGGGCAGUUUGGGCUCGUUGCGCCUCACGGUCCACACAACCUUUACCCAGCCCAAAUCUCUCUCUUCCUCUCUCUCUCUCUCUCUCUCUCUCCCCCCGCAAAACCCUAGCUUUCGCUCGCCGUCGCCGGAAUCUGGAAGCUUCAAGCCGCCGCGUCACCAAUCUCGCUCUCGCCGCAACCUCCCUCCAAAUCCUCCAUGGAUUUUAUACCUGAAGACAACAUGAUCACGCCGGAUGCAAACAAUAUUGAGCUCACUGCCUAUGGAAACAAUCAUGAGGGGUCAAAUCCAGAAACAGAGCAGCCUAAUAAUGGCUUUUGGGAUCAUAUCACCCUGGAAACUGAAGAGCCAAUGAUGGUUCCUAUUCAGCACAACCCUGAUGAAGAACAGAAGAUGGCAAUAUCUGGUCAUGAAGAAAAGAUCCUUAUCCAAACCCAGACUCACUAUGAUGAUCCCAAGACACCUUUCCCGGAAUAUGAAAACAAUGAGGCAAUCUCCUAUCCAAACAAUGAGGCAGUCUCGUAUCCAAACAGUGGGGCAGACUCCUAUCCAAACAAUGAGGAGACAAAUCAUGAAACACAGCCUAGCAAGCGGAGGAAAAGGAAGUCCAUGGUUUGGGAGCAUUUCACCAUAGAAACUGUGAGUGCUGGAUGUAGGAGGGCAUACUGCAACCAAUGCAAGCGAAGCUAUGCAUAUAGUAAAGGCUCAAAAGUCUCAGGCACGAGUCACCUCAGGCGCCACGUUGAGAAGGGGUCCUGCGCUGCACUUCUCCGUAGCCAGGACAACAACCAAUCUGACCCGUCAUCCUCAAAGGGUGCUUCUAAUUCACAAAAACGUCGUCACAAACGAGCUUCUAGCACACCACAAUUUGUGUUUGAUCAAGACCACUGCCGCAAUGACAUUGCGAGAAUGAUCAUCAUGCAUGACUACCCACUGCAGAUGGUUGAACAUCCUGGUUUUGUGUCUUUUGUACAGAAUCUUCAGCCUGAGUUCAACUUCAACAUGAUGACCUUUGAUACCGUCCAAGGAGAUUGCAUUGCAACUUAUCAGAUGGAAAAGCAAAGCCUUAGAAAGUUUAUUCAGGGCAUAGCUGCACGUGUCUGCCUUUCUUUGGACGUGUGGACUUCCUCUCAAGGGGUGGGGUAUAUGCUUGUUACCGGGCACUUCAUUGAUGCUGACUGGAAGCUGCAAAGGCGGCUGCUCAAUGUUGUGAUGGAACCAUAUCCUGACUCGGAUACUGCAGUUACUCAUGCUGUUAAGGUUUGCCUUCAUAAUUGGAGUCUGGAGAGUAAAUUAUUUUCCAUCACUUAUCAUGAUCAGCUACUAAUCAUGAGUGAAGCUGCUUUCGAAAAUUUAAAGCUUCAUCUUCCCUUCAAUGGUCAACUUUUAGCUGGCAAUUGCCUCGCGCACACUCUGAGCAGCAUUGCAAAAGAAGUACUGGAGAAUGCCCAUGAUAUAGUUAAGAAAAUCCGGGACAGCAUCAAGUACGUGACGACUUCAGAGCCCCAUGAUGAAAAGUUUCUUGUGCUUAAGAAACAGCUUCAAGUCCCAAGUGAAAGGAACAUAUUUCUUGAUGACCAAACUCAGUGGAAUACCACAUAUCAAAUGUUGGUGGCCGCUUCUGAGUUGAAGCAAGUUUUUUCUUGCUUUGAUACGUAUGAUGCCGAAUUCAACAAACAAGCCCCCUCAAUGGAAGAUUGGAAGCAAGUUGAGACUCUCUGUGCACAUUUGAAGCCAAUUUAUGAUACAGCAUACAUCCUAGCUACUACAACUAACCCAACUGCAAAUAUCUUCUUCCAUGAAGUGUCGAGGAUUCAGGGAGAUCUGUCUGGUGGUAUCACCAAUGAGGAUCCCUUUAUUAGUAACCUUGCUCGAACAAUGCUAGAAAAAAUUAAUAGGUACUGGAAGAAUUGUAGCCUAACUUUAGCUACAGCAGUGGUCAUGGAUCCGAGGUACAAGAUGAGGUAUAUUGAGUUCAGUUUCACCAGAAUUUAUAGUGAAGAAGAAGCUCCAACAUGUAUCAAGAUGGUUGAUGAUCGAAUCCACGAGCUCUUUCAGGAAUACUUUACAAUGCCUUCGCCUCUGGCACCAAACUAUGCAGAAGAAUUUGAUGCGUACAUCAUGAAGAAUUUGAAGACAGAGCUGGAUCAGUAUUUGGCGGAGCCUCUGUUGCCUCGAGUCCACGAGUUUGAUGUGCUAGGCUGGUGGAAAUUCAACCAGAUGGUGUACCCAACUCUUUCAAAGAUGGCUCGUGACAUUUUAUCAAUUCCGGUAUCAACAGUUCCUUGUGACUCAGUUUUUGAUACCAAUGCAAAAGAGAUGGAUCAGUACAGGAGUUCCUUGCAAGCAGAAACCGUGGAAGCUCUUAUAUGUACCAAGGAUUGGAUGCAGUAUGGAUCACCCUUAGGUUUCUAAGUAGUUUUAUUCAUAGACAUGAUACAUUUAGUAAAAUUCUUUGAAAUUUUUAAUUUUUUUGAGGGAUAGUUUACUAGCUUUGGAUUAUAUGCAGUUUCUGAAAUGUGCAUAUUGUUUGAUGGCUGAAAUAUAGAAUUGUGAUUCGAUUCCAAUGCUUUCAUCGUCCCA